AUGGCUGCUAAAAGACCCCAAGAUGACUCUGCUUCUUCAUCUUCUUCAGCACCACCUCGCUGGAGCUAUGACGCGUUCUUGAGUUUCAGAGAUGAAGAUACUCGCAAAACCUUUACCGAUCAUCUCUACGCUACGCUGCUUUGGUUCAAGCUGGAAUUCACACCUUCAGGGAUGAUGAUGAACUCCCAAGAGGACGAAUGGUGCCUUGAUGAGCUCGUGAAGAUCAUUGACUGCAAGAGAACACUUGGACAAUUACUUCUCCCAAUAUUCUACGAUGUUGAUCCGUCUGACGUACGACAUCAAACAGGGUGUUUUGGAGAAGCAUUUGGAAGACACGAAACGCGUAAUGUGGAUGAGAUGGAGAAGGUGGAUGGGUGGAGAGCUGCCCUCUCUGAAGCUGCUAAAUUAUCAGGCUGGGAUUUGCAAAAUGUUGCUAAUGGGUAA